AUGAUUUGUCCAAAUGUUCAAAAAGACAUUGUGAAUUCUUGUGCUAAAGAAACGUUGAAAGCAAUUGUUGAAGACUUAAAUGGAGAUUACUUUGGAAUAUUAGUUGACGAGUUUAAAUAUGUCUCUCAUAAAGAACAAAUGAUCCUUGUUCUACGAUAUGUCAACAAAGAGGGUAAGCUUAUUGAGCAAUUUCUUGGUGUUGUUCAUGUUAAAGAUACAUCUGCACGGUCACUGAAAGAUGUUGUAUGUUCUUUGCUUUUAGAGCAUAAUUUGAGCUCUUCUCAUAUUCGGGGACAAGGUUAUGAUGGAGCUAGUAAUAUGCAGGGAGAAUUCAAUGAUCUUAAAACUUUGAUUAUGAAAGAUACUCCUUCAGUAUAUAGUGUACAUUGUUUUGCUCAUCAGUUACAGUUGACUCUUGUAGCUGUUGCAAAGAAGCAUCAUGAGGAGAUGCUUAGAGAUGAUCAAACAGAAAAAUUAGAAGAGUUAUUGAUACUCGGUGAAGUUCAUACAGGAACCGGAUUGAAUCAAGAACUUGGACUUCAAAGGGCAGGAGAUACUCGUUGGAGUUCUUAUUUUAAAACAGUGCAUAACUUUAUUAAAUUAUUCUCCUCAAUUAUUCAUGCACUAGAAGUUCUUGCUAAGGAGGGUUCAAAUUACCAAGAGAAAUCAUUGGCAAAGAGUUUAGUAGAUGACAUAAGAUCUUAUGAGUUUGUGUAUACGCUGCAUUUGAUGUUAAAAGUGUUGGUAAUUACACAUGAUUUGAAUAUGACUUUGCAAAGAAAAGAGCAAGAUAUCGUUACUGCUAUGAACCUUGUUGGUCUCACAAAGAGACAGUUGCAAUCUAUGAGAGAUUCUAAAUGGGAUUCUUUGGUAAAAGAUGUUUCUUUAUUUUGUGUCAAACAUGAUAUUGUGAUUCCUAAAAUGAAUAAGAAUUAUGCUCUUGAAAAGUCAAAGCGUAAGAUUUCAAGUAUCACAUAUUCUCAUUAUUUGUGUGUUGAAAUUUUUAAUGCUGUAAUUGAUUUGCAACUUGGUGAGCUUAACAGUCUUAUUGAUGAAGUGAAUACUGAUCUACUUUUUGGUAUGACUAGUUUGAGUCCAGAUAACUCUUUCGUAAAUUAUGAUAAAAACAAGAUUAUAAAACUUGCUACUUAUUAUCCGAAUGAGUUUAGUGCUUCCAUGCUUGAGGAUCUUAGUUUUGAGCUUAACAAUUAUAUUGACUAUGUGCGACAAAGGAAUAAUAAUUUCUUUAAGUUGAAAAGACUUGGGGAUCUUUCAGAGACAUUGGUGAAAACAAAUUUGCACAAGACUUGGAGACUUGUUUAUUUGCUUAUGAAGUUUGAGUUUGAUAUUACCUGUGGCGACUGGAACGGUGGAAAGAGCUUUCUCUUCGAUGAAAUAUAUUAA